AUGACAGAUCAACAAAAUGAAACACUAACAACAACAUCACAUAUUACCACAUCAACAACAAAAACUGGUUUAGAACGUUUGGCUCAACUCUAUCCACAUGUAACUGAAGAUACACCAUUACCAUCGAAAUGGAGUUCAAAAGAAAAAGCAUCACCUCUAGCACUUCAGCAAAAUAAUCUUCUUGUAACAUAUAAAGGACCUGGAAAAUCACAUAAAGAUGCAGCUAGUGUCCGUUCUGAUCAUCCUAUUCCACCACUUACUGGAAUUUAUUAUUAUGAAAUAAAAAUUAUUAGCAAAGGUCGUGAUGGAUAUAUGGGUAUUGGUCUUUCAACUAGUGAAGUGAAUCUCAACCGUUUACCAGGAUGGGAUAAAGGCUCAUAUGGUUAUCAUGGUGAUGAUGGUCAUUCAUUUUGUUCAUCAGGUGCUGGUAUUGCCUAUGGACCAACAUUUACAACCGGUGAUUUUGUUGGCUGUUGUGUAAAUUUUCUUGAAAAUUCUUGUUUUUAUACUCACAAUGGUUAUAACAUUGGUACAUCAUUCAAAGACAUACCGGCAGAAGUCUAUCCAACAGUAGGAUUACAAACACCACUUGAAGCUAUCGAAGCAAAUUUUGGUCUUAGUCCAUUUAAAUUUGAUAUAGACAAAUACAUGGAUGAAUAUCGAGAAAAAACUCGUCGAGCAAUAGUAGAAUGUACAUUAAAAGAAAAUGAAUUAUUACAUCAAGUUCAAUUACGUCGUAUUGUUUCAACAUAUCUUGUGCAUUAUGGUUAUUGUGCUACAGCUGAACAAUUUAAUAAGAAUGCUGAAAAUGUCUAUGCUGAUGAACUUAAUUCUAUGCGUAAUAGACAACUUAUUCAAAAUUUAAUACUCGAAGGUCAUACAACAGAUGCAAUUGAAAAAACCAAAGAACUUUUUCCUACAUUGCUCAAUAAUAAAAAUCUUUUAUUUGUGCUCAAAGUUCGUCAAUUUAUUGAAAUGAUAAAUGGAACUGAAAGCGAAAUUCCUAAACCGUCCAUAUCGUCUCAAAUAACAAAUACUUCAUUAUUAAAUCAUAUAGAUCAUUCAAAUAGUUCAUGUUCUAAUGAAAAUUCUUCUGGUGCAACAACAAAUGAACGUUCAUCAUCACCUAUAAAUAAAACUAAUACAUCUUCACGUUCUCGUUCCAAUAGUCCAUCUACAUCUGGACAUAAUCAAACAACGAAUUCAGAGGUACAACAACAACAACAUAGUAAUGGAACAAUCAAUUCUUCAUCACGUCGAUCAAGUGCAAAUGAUAAUGAAUUAUUACAAGAAAUUAAUACAACAGUAAAUCCGUUACCAUCGCAUAAUAAUGUAACUCAUCUUAUGGAUAUAGAUGAUGAACAUCAUGCUAAUAAUACAACAAAUGGUUUUAGCAAUAAUGGAACAGUAUCUUCUUCUUCCUCUUCAUCUGCUUCUUCUUCUUCUUCUACAAAUCAAAUAUCUAAUGGUCAUUCACUAUUUGAUGAUGAUAGUAAUAAUCUAAUUAUUGAUAAGAAUACAAACAGUAAUGAAUAUUUAGCAAAAUCAACAGAAACUUUCGAUAGAAUGGAAUGUGAUGGCAUUAAUGAUUCAAAUCAUACAAUGGAUAUUGAAGGAGAUUCAUCUGAUGUACAGAAAAAAGAUGAUCAACUUCUUAUUAAAAUUCUUCAAUUUGGUAGAGAAUUACAUGCACUUAAACAACAAUUAAAUAAUGAAUAUGGAGAAAAUACACAACAUGAUAAAAUGUUACAGGAUGCAUUUAGUUUAUUAGCAUAUCCAGAUCCUAAAUCAUCACCACUUGCUCAUCUAUUAGAACCAUCUCAGCGAGAAUCUAUUUCCGGUAUACUCAAUAGUGCCAUUCUUGAAGCACAUGAUAUGCCUCGACAUCCUGCUCUUGAAGUACUCGUUGGUUAUUUAAAUGAAUGUGACAAAUUAAUGCAAAAGAACAAUAUACCAGAUUGUGCCUUCAUUGAAUUGAACAAAUAUCUACGAUAA